AUGCUAGCAAAAUUACACUCUCACGGUCACUGUCGUUUCAUUAUCCUCCCGGACGUUCCCUCAAGCGACCUCCCUAGCCUCUGUUUUAAGAAAUCACGUGGCCUGUUGUCCCGGGUUGCUGAGUCAAAUGAGGCGGAACGACUGGUUUUUGAAUCCACUCAGUUGUUUAGUUCUAGAGAAGGGGAGAAAGUGGAGGACUGUAGGUGUGGAGUUGAGGGUUUGGAUUCGGUUACGGUUAGUGAGGAUUUGAUUGAAAAUGUUGAAAAGUUUGUCGAGUUAAUGGAUGACAUUUCGAAUGGAGGGUUUUUGAGAGGGGAAGAGAGUGGGUUAGGGGCUGAUUGGGUGGAAUUGGAGUGGUUAAAAGCGAGAGGGUAUUAUAGUAUCGAGGCAUUUGUAGCGAAUAGGUUAGAAGUGGCGUUGAGGCUGGCGUGGUUGAAUUGUGGGAAUGGAAAGAAAAGAGGAGUGAAGUUGAAAGAGAAAUUAAGCGCCUCAGGCGUGGCAGCGAAUGUGUUUUGGAGGAAGAAAGGCUGUGUUGAUUGGUGGAAGAAUUUGGAUGAGGAACUUAGGAGAAAGUUUUUAAAUUUUGCACUUGGGAAGGCGGCAAAAUCAUUGACUUGUGAAAUUCUGAAGGAUGCAAAUGGUUUGUCGGAGUAUGAGACGUCACUGUUUAGACCAGGAGUGCAACAACCUCGGAGAGACUUGUAUGCUGAAUCACCACGAAGGACUUUCCUAAAACCUCCUGCUGAUGCAGAAUUUGGCUUGGCCCUACGGCCUUCUCUUUCUCGGAAAGAUGCCUCAUUUGCAAAUAUGUUUAAUAGCUUAUUCGUGCUUCAGGAUAUUGUUAGUUUGAUGUUGCCAGAUCGGGGUAGUGAGUGUUAUACAUCACAGGUAUUUUUUAGCACGUUGGGUUCUCUUGGCACCCUUUCUGAUUGUAUAUUAAGAAAACUACGAGGACUCGUGAUGGUUAUUUCACUUGAUUGCACAAGGCUUGAACUUCUUGGAGAGGGAAAUUUAAACUUGUCAUUCAGUAAACCUAGCGAAAAGCUUGGUGCAGGUAGUCGUAGAAAAAAGGGGAAGACUCAUAAUAUGAAAAGGCUAAAUCCCACACCAGUGGCAAGUGUGGGUGAGUCUUCCUUUAACAAACUUACCGAGGAUCUCAAAUGUGCACCGCCCUGUAGCAAGAAGAAAGAGUUGAUGGAGUCCAAUGGGAUGCCUGGUAUUCCUCAUGAGAAUGAAAAUCACAGAGAAAUAUCACCUUCAACGGUUGAAAUGGAACACGCUCAAGGAUUGGUUCUUGGAAAAAAACGAACUGCUGCAAGGAAGAACAGGAAAGGAAGAAAUAAAAAGAAAAACUCUAGCUUUAACAAUCCAGUUGAACUGCAAAAACCCGAAAUUGCAGUUGCAGAAGCUCUCUCCUUUUCUGUUUACUCGUCAGAUGAGGCAGCAAAGCUUUGCGGGGCAUCUGAUAAUUUGAUUAUACAGAAAGCAUCAAAUGAUAGUUUAAUUGAUCAUUCCAUUAAUGAGCCCACCAGGGAGGAGAUAACCCUUGACAUGCCAGAAGAUCGUGUUGUUGGUUGCACUGAAGGAAUCUCUGAUGCAGGUCUGGAGGAUUACCGAUCUUCAAACUGUUUUAUUGACAAUAAAAGUAUGCCAUCCAGAAGUGAGUCCUGUUGUGAGGCAGGCCAGAAUGUAAUAUCUCAAGUUGCAAACACAAAGGAGCUAAUAACUGUUUCUAGAAAUGAAGGCACCAGUUUUUUGAACAAAAAAACCGAGGUUAAAUCAGAUGUUGGCAACAAAUUAGUCAAAUCCCUUGAUGUAAGAGAGGAACCCACCUUAACUCAGGGAGAAGAGAGUGAAAAUUUCCACGAAACUGGAUCCAAAGGCGUUUCAGAUUGCCUUUCAUAUGAGUGGCCUAGUUUAGGUCCUGUCUACUUUCCAUCUAUAAAUUCACACCUUCCAUGUGCCACGGAUAGAUUACAUCUGGAUGUUGGUCACAACUGGCAUCAUCACAUUCGUCAACCUUUUUUACCUACAGUGCAUCAGACUAGAAAUUCUCCUGUUGAAGGUGGGUCCAAUAGGAUGUUGUCUCAACCAUUGCCAAUGAGUUUAGAUUGGCCUCCAAUGGUUAGGAGCAAUUGUGGGUUAGCUCCAACUAUGACAUGCAAUUAUGAUUCUGGAUUUAUCUCGAGGCGACAAUCUGCUUUUCAGAAGAGUUUAACUGCUAAGAACAUGCACUACAGCUCAAAAACUUUUGAUGAUGAGAGGAGGUGUUCUGGGGAUGCAAUUGACUUGCCUGAAGCAACAAAUUCACAGGAACUAAUGGAUGAAUACGAUAGUCAUUGGAAAUCAGAGGAAGAAUAUGAGGUGCAUGCAGUUUCUGCUAUAGACUAUAAUCAGCACUUUGGUGGUGGUGUGAUGUACUGGAAUCCUUCUGAUCAUCCAGGGACUGGUUUCUCUCGACCACCUUCCCUUAGUUCUGAUGAUAGUGGAUGGGCUUGGCAUGAAGAUCUGAAUAGGGCAGUUGAUGAUAUGGUUGCUUUCUCGUCUUCUUAUAGUACAACUGGGUUGACUUCCCCAACUGCUGCUUCAUUCUGUUCUGCUUUUGAUCCUUUGGUACCUGGACACCAGGCACUUGGUUAUGUUAUGUCAGGAAAUGAAGUACCUGGUAAAGCUAUGCAUUCAUCAACCGUGACAGAUGCUGCUGCAGAGGAUGAUGUCUCUGGAUCUUUGGCCAGCUUGUCUAGUGAUGUUGAAGGCAAGACAGGAGAUUCACUUCCUUAUCCCAUUUUGCGGCCUAUUAUCAUUCCAAAUAUGUCAAGGGAAAGAUCAAGGUCUGAUUUCAAGCGUAGCCUUGAUCACAAAAGUCCCUGUGUUCCUCCUACUAGGCGGGAACAUCCCCGGAUAAAGCGUCCGCCUUCACCGGUAGUGCUUUGUGUUCCACGGGCUCCCCGUCCUCCACCACCCUCUCCUGUGAGUGACUCUAGAAAGCACCGGGGUUUUCCAACUGUUAGGUCUGGUAGCUCCAGCCCAAGACAUUGGGGUGUGAGAGGUUGGUACCAUGAUGGAACUAAUUUGGAGGAAGCUUGCGUGCGCAUGGAUGGUGCUGAAGUUGUUUGGCCUUCUUGGAGAAAUAAAAACUUCCAACCCAUCCAAUGGUUCAGCCACUCCCUGGGGCUUUGCUGCAAGAUCGUCUAA